AACGCUCAGUCUACGAAAAAAUAUUGCACUGAGCCCUCGUGAAAGGAUGACGCGAGGAGGUUUGGUUUAAUCCGCACACGCUGUACGUGAGAUGAAAGUAAACUGAUGAGAGUCCUGUCUUGAAGCCUACCACCGGCAUUCAAACACCGAAUGGAAACGUGAAGAGUCUUUUGAAAUGUGUAAUUGGGGUUGCGAGUUUAGAAAAUACGUAGGCUAAAUGUCCAUUGAUCAAAUGAGAGAACUGUUUCAGCGUGAUACAUGAGAAUCAAAAUUGUCGCAUCCUGAACGUUUUUUUCUCAGUAUAUGGACAUUGCGCGCAUCACCGCUGACUGUGCCAUUGUGGGACAUUUUCCAACCCCAAAGGAAGGACACUGAAUCCAGCAGAUCCUUUAUUCAUUCAACACACUAGACACAUCAUGACUGAGACUUUCUACUGCUCAAGGAUAAUGUGAAGACCAUUGUUGCGGAUAUCAACUAGAGUGCAGCCUGACUGAGAACAGUCUUAUUCAUUCCUACCCUACAGCACUAGAUAUUUAGUCUGGACUUGCCAUCUCUUAGAAGACCUAUGGGGAUGGGGAUGUGUUUGGAUAUAGGAUGCAUUUACAGCGGAAGUACUAAGGGGCAGUCAUGGUCCCUGACGCGGUGGCUGUUGGUCUUGAUGCCCAUCUCCCUAGCAAUGGGCCAAGGCCAGUCCCAGUCCCUCAACACCUUCAAGUCAGAGAGAAGGGAAUGGACCCUGAACCACCUGAUUGUGCACAAGACCACUGGCGCUCUCUAUGUUGGUGCUGUGAACCGGAUUUACAAGCUAUCUGCCAACCUGACCCUCCUGGUCUCCCAUGACACAGGACCUGAGUACGACAACAAGGCCUGCUACCCUCCUCUUAUAGUGCAGCCCUGCUCUGAGCCCCUGGCCUCCACUGACAACAUCAACAAACUGUUGCUCAUAGACUACUCCCACAACCGCCUGCUGGCCUGCGGCAGCCUCUACCAAGGCGUCUGUAAGCUAAUGCGACAGGACGACCUGUUUAUCCUGGUGGAGCCCACCCACAAGAAAGAGCACUACCUCUCCAGUGUCAACCAAACAGGCACCAUGUAUGGGGUCAUCGUGCCCUCUUCACAGGGCCAGGACGGCACCCUGUUCAUCGGCACAGCCGUGGGUGGGAAGCAGGACUACUUCCCUACCAUCUCCAGUCGUAAGCUGCCCCGUGACCCAGAGUCAUCUGCCAUGCUGGACUACGAGCUCCACACUGACUUUGUAUCCUCUCUCAUUAAGAUCCCCUCUGACACGCUAGCUCUGGUCCCGCGCUUUGACAUCUACUACAUAUACGGCUUUGCCAGCGGGAACUUUGUCUACUUUCUGACCGUGCAGCCAGAAACCCCAGAGAAUGGGAUGCCUGCUGGCAGUUCCCCAGGUGACCUGUUCUACACAAGCCGCAUCAUACGCCUCUGUAAAGGGGACAGGAAGUUCCACUCUUAUGUGUCACUGCCAGUGGGCUGUGUACACAAGGGAGAGGAGUAUCAACUCCUACAGGGCGCCCACCUGUCCAAGGCAGGGAAAGUACUGGCCAGGUCCCUCAACAUCAGUGCCCAGGAUGACGUCCUCUUUGCUGUGUUCACCAAGGGCCAGAAGCAGUACCACGAGCCCCUGGACAACUCAGCCCUGUGUAUCUUUACCAUACGAGACAUUAACGCCCGCAUCAAAGAGCGCCUGCAAUCCUGCUACCAGGGAGAGGGCAACCUGGAACUACAUUGGCUACUGGGAAAGGAUGUGCAGUGCACCAAGGCGCCUGUGCCUAUCGAUGAUCACUUCUGUGGGCUGGACAUCAACCAGCCCCUGGGGGGCUCCCAGCUGGUAUCUGGCCUGACUGUGUACACUGAGACCAGGGACAGGCUGACCUCGGUCAUCUCUUACGUCUAUAACGGCUACAGCGUGGCCUUCCUUGGCACCAGGAGUGGCAGACUGAAGAAGAUCCGAGUGGAUGGGCCUCCUGAGGGCGGGGGGCAGUAUGAGACCCUGACCGUGAUGACAGAUGGCAGUCCUAUCCUCCGAGACAUGGCCUUCACUCUGGACCGCAACUUUCUCUACGUCAUGUCUGACAGUCUGGUGACCAAGGUCCCAGUGGAGGCAUGUGAGCAAUACGGGACCUGCGGAGAGUGUCUGAGCUCUGAGGAUCCUCAUUGUGGCUGGUGUGUCUUGCAGAACAUGUGUGCCAGAAGAGACCGGUGUCAGAGAGCAGAGGAGCCUUUCCGGUUCACCACUGAUAUCGAACGUUGUGUGAAAAUUAUCGCUCACCCAGACAGCAUCGCUGUGUCAGCACACAGUGUUCCCCUCCUAUUGGAGGUGAGCAACGUGCCUGACCUCUCAGCUGGGAUCAGCUGUGCCUUUGGAGAGCAGGCGGAGAUGGAGGGUCAUGUCAACGGCAACAGAGUCAUGUGUCUGUCCCCAUCUGGCAAGGAGGUCCCACACAUACCUGAAGGACAAGACUGGUUGAGUGUGGAGCUGCGUCUGAACUCUAAGGAGACAGGUCAAAUGCUGGGCAGUACAGAGGUCAAGUUCUAUAACUGCAGCAUGCAUCACACGUGUCUGUCCUGUGUGAACAGUACCUUCCGCUGCCACUGGUGUAAAUACCGCAACCUGUGUACUCACAACCCCUCCAGCUGCUCCUUUCAGGAGGGCCGGGUCAAUGCCUCAGAGGACUGCCCCCAGCUGCUGCACUCUGGAGAGAUCCUGAUCCCAGCAGGGGAGGUGAGACCCAUCACCUUGAGGGCCCGGAACCUUCCCCAACCCCAGUCUGGCCAGCGGGGUUACGAGUGUGUGCUCCACGUCCAGGGAAACAACCACCGCGUCACCGCCCUGCGCUUUAACAGCUCCAGUGUGCAGUGUCAGAACAGCUCGUACAUCUAUGAGGGUGUAAAGAUCAGUGACCUGGCGGUGGACCUUUCUAUCGUUUGGAACGGCAAUUUCAUCAUCGACAAUCCCGAGAAGAUUAAAGUGCACCUGUAUAAGUGUGGUGCCCAGCGGGACAGUUGUGGCAUGUGUCUGAGGGCCGAGAGGAAGUUCCAGUGUGGCUGGUGCAGUGGAGAAGGCCGUUGCACCAUGCAGCAGCACUGUUCACCCAUCAGCCCCUACGCCAGCCGCUGGCUCAACCUGUCCGGCAGGAAUGUCAAGUGUACCAACCCACGCAUCACUGAGGUGAGUCCAGUGGCAGGGCCUCCAGAGGGGGGGACACUGGUCACCAUACAGGGAAUGAACCUGGGCCUGUCCUUCUCAGAACUGUUGGGGAACGUGGAGGUGGCAGGGGUACAUUGCACUCCACAGGAAGAGGGCUACAUCACUGCAGAACAGAUUGUGUGUGAGAUGGACUCUACGUCUCAGGGAAGGGCACCUGGUCCAGUCCAGCUGUGUGUUGGUGAAUGUAGACCAGAACUACAAACUCAGUCCUCCCAGCUCUACUCCUUUGUGACCUCUAACCUGGUGGGACUGACCCCUGGCCGAGGGCCUGAGUCUGGCGGAACUAAGGUCACCAUCGUGGGGGAGAACCUGGGUGCUGGUAGCAGAUUGAAUGUUACCUUUGGAAACCAGACCUGUGAGCUGUACAGACGGACCAUGUCGGAGAUUGUGUGUUUCUCGGCACCCUCUGUGACUGGCGCUGGCCUGGUGCAGGUCAGCCUCAUUGUGGAUCUGGCCAAGGUGCCAGGAAACCUGAGCUUUGAGUAUAUUGAGGAUCCCACAGUCCAGCGCAUCGAGCCAGAGUGGAGCAUCACUAGUGGACACACUACCCUGAUGGUGACGGGGACCAACCUAGAUGUGGUGCAGGAGCCGAGGGUCAGGGUCAAGUAUGCCGGUCACGAGUCUGUCAACGUGUGUAAGGUGCUCAACACCACCACGAUAAGCUGCUUUGCUCCCUCCCUGAAGGCAGAGUACACACCGGAGCAGGAGUCAGUGAAACACGUGGAGGAGUUUGGUUUUGUCUUCAACAACGUGCAGGCCCUGCUCACCUACAACAGCACCAGUUUCAUCUACUACCCCAACCCUUACCUAGAGCCCCUCAGCUUGUCUGGGGUGCUGGAGCAGAAACCUGGCUCUCCCAUCAUACUCAAGGGGCGUAACCUGGUGCCCUCGGCAUCUGGAGGGGCCAGGUUGAACUACACUGUUCUGAUCGGGGACACACCCUGUUCCCUCACCGUCUCUGACACACAGCUCCUCUGUGAGCCACCCAACCUCACAGGCCGGCACAAAGUCCUGGUCCAGGUGGGUGGUCUCCACAUCUCUCCUGGUGCAGUCCACAUCCGCUCAGACAGCCUGCUCACCCUCCCCGCCAUCUUCAGCAUCACGGCUGGAGGAGGCCUGCUGCUCAUCAUCGUCUUCAUCGUCCUAUUGGCCUAUAGACGCAAGUCGCAUGAGAAUGACCUCACUCUCAAACGCCUGCAGAUGCAGAUGGACAACCUGGAGUCGCGAGUGGCUCUGGAGUGCAAGGAAGCUUUCGCUGAGCUGCAGACUGACAUCAACGAGCUGACCAGUGACCUGGACAGGGCUGGGAUCCCCCACCUGGACUACCGCACCUAUACCAUGAGGGUCCUCUUCCCUGGCUUCGAUGACCAUCCUGUACUCAGGGAGCUGGAGGUGUCUGGGAGUGGGCAGCAGGGUGUGGAGAAGGCUCUGAAGCAGUUUGCCCAGCUGGUGAAUAACAAAGUGUUCCUGCUGACAUUUAUCCGUACUCUGGAACUCCAGCGCUCCUUCUCCAUGCGUGACCGCGGCUAUGUGGCCUCGCUCAUCAUGACUGCGCUGCAGGGCCGCCUGGAGUACGCCACAGACGUGCUCAAACACCUCCUCUCUGACCUCAUCGAGCGCAACCUGGAGAGCAAGAACCACCCUAAACUACUGCUGCGCAGAACCGAGUCAGUUGCAGAGAAGAUGCUGACUAAUUGGUUUGCCUUCCUACUUCACAAAUUCCUUAAGGAGUGUGCAGGUGAGCCUCUCUUCAUGCUCUACUGUGCCAUCAAGCAGCAGAUGGAGAAGGGACCUAUCGACUGCAUCACCGGGGAGGCACGCUACUCCCUCAGUGAAGACAAACUCAUCCGCCAGCAGAUUGACUACAAGACCCUGACUCUGAGCUGUGUGAACCCGGACAACGAGAACAGCCCUGAGUUCCCCGUUAAGGUGCUCAACUGUGACACCAUCACCCAGGUGAAGGAGAAGAUUCUGGAUGCUGUCUGUAGGAACAUGCACUUCUCCCAGAGGCCUCGGGCUGCGGACAUGGACCUGGAAUGGCGCCAGGGGAGGACGGCACGUGUGGUCCUGCAGGAUGAAGACAUCACCACUAAGAUUGAAGGAGACUGGAAGAGACUAAACACCCUCAUGCACUAUCAGGUGUCAGACCACUGUGUGGUAGCCCUGGUGCCCAAGCAGAUGUCCUCGUACAAUCUGCCCUCCUCAGCCAGCUUCCCACGCAGCAUCAGUAGAUACGAUGUACCAUUCCGCUCCACCCCCACCAGUCCUGACAGCCCUCACUCCCGCGUGCCCAUGCUCACCCCGGACAUGGAGAGUGGGGUGAAGGUGUGGCACCUGGUCAAGAACCACGACCAUGGGGACCAGAAGGAGGGUGAGCGCGGCUCCAAGAUGGUGUCCGAGAUAUACCUGACCAGGCUACUGGCUACUAAGGGUACACUGCAGAAGUUUGUGGAUGAUCUGUUUGAGACGUUGUUCAGCACUGUGUGCCGGGGCAGUGCUCUUCCACUCGCCAUCAAGUACAUGUUUGACUUCCUGGACGAGCAGGCUGACAAGCAUGGCAUCCAUGACAUGGACGUUCGCCACACAUGGAAAAGCAACUGCCUGCCUCUGCGCUUCUGGGUGAACGUGAUCAAGAAUCCGCAAUUUGUGUUUGACAUCCAUAAAAGCAGCAUCACAGACGCCUGUCUGUCUGUGGUGGCUCAGACCUUCAUGGACUCCUGCUCUACCUCAGAGCAUCGCCUGGGCAAGGACUCCCCCUCCACCAAGCUACUCUACGCCAAGGACAUCCCCAACUACAAGAGCUGGGUGGAGAGGUACUACGCGGACAUAAACCGCCUACCUGCCAUCAGUGACCAGGACAUGAAUGCCUACCUGGCCGAGCAGGCCCGUCUUCACUCCAAUGAGUUCAAUGUGCUGUGUGCCCUGCAUGAGAUGUAUGCCUACGUCAGCAAGUACAGCCAAGAGAUCAUUGAGGCCCUGGAGCAGGAUGAUCAGGCCCAGAAGCAGAGGCUGGCCUACAAAGUAGAGCAGAUCAUCACAGCCAUGUCUGUGGAGAGCUGAGGCAGACGUGUGUACUCAGAGACACACAGACAGACAAGGCCCAGGACACAGGUCACAUGCUACCAGAAGAGCAAGCAGCCCCACAAGCAGCAGGUGAAGGAAACUGAACAACAUAAUAAUUCAGCCUGAGUGCUCAACAAGGGAAGAGCACAGAUAUACAAGCAAAUUCACCAAGCACUGCUGUCUUCUCUCUGUCUGCUGCAGUGGGGCCACAUGUGGAGGUGUAAGGGAUGAGCAGGCAACGAGAGACUACUAAACAGUACCACAAAAACUAAAUACAUGCAUAUCAUAGCCUUGGCCUUGGACUGACAUUCCCUUUUCAGCGGACAAGUCUAAUGCUGCGUCAUAAAGCCUUCAGGAAGCCUUAUGAAGGCUCCUUGAAGGUUUCAGUUAAUGAACUCUGCGAUUAGGUGACAUUAAAAUGUCAUCUCCAGAUCAUCCAAGGUAGCAAAACAUUUUUGUUUGGUUACCGCCCUGCCAGACACUCAAUUACCAGACACACUCUGAGCACUCUAUCAUAAAAACCCACACAAAGCUCUUAUUACAGGGUGGGGGGGGGGGGUCAAUUCUAUUAUGGCGUACUUUGGGCUGGAUUCAAUCAAAUCUGCCUUAGUAAUGUUUACACAGUAACUCUGCCUACUGCCUGUGCAAACAUGUGCCUAAAUCUGGGAACUGGAUGCAUUGUGAGGGGAGGUAAUCUGGUGCCCAAAACCUUCUAUGAGUCAAUUUGAAUUUAUUUAUGCUGUUGUGUACAUACUGCAGUCCAGAUUUAAUUGAAUUAAGCCAUCAGAAUUCAGUACAUGUGUAAAGAGAAUCAAUCUGAAUAGAAAACCAUUCCAAAUAUACCCAUUAUUUAAAAUGAUCACUUCAGCCUGUUGACCCUUGCUCUUAGUCCUAAAAGUUUCUCAUGUUUCAUACUAUGUAAAAUGCCCUGUAGCCAAAGUAGAAAUUAUAUUUAGAAAAGUUUAACAAGGUGGUCUUAAGUUAUUAAGGCACUCUGGGGAUGACAGAAAUUAGGGAAGUGGGUUUCUAGACCAUUUAUUUAACCAACUGUAUAUUAGCAGUGACCCAAAGUAGCCAAUGGAGCUUUGGGAAUCAUUCCUUAGAGCUGGAAGAUUAAUGACACUUCCUGUGGGUCAGAUCAGUUUCCUCCUGGUUUACGAGACCCCUCAGCCAUCAGUCAAUGUUUACAUUGAACAUGAUACUUGAAUUUCAGUAGAUCAUUGUGUUAUACUUUCAGAGAAUCCUCAGGUUUCUACAUAGCAUACUUUCAAAGGUGGAAACUCAAGAUUCCUGUUGUAUCAAGUAGACUGUAGCUUUCUUUUAAAUAUGUCACAUUAACGUUUUUAAAAGAUGAGGUCAAGAUGAGAGAAUAGCCUUUUAAAUGGUUUGAAUUUAACAUAUUCAAAUGACAAAUUAUUUUUGCUGUUACAUUCACUGAGUGUCAUCUUAAAGAUUAGCAUUAUAAAACUGGACUCUCCAUAGGAUUGCUUUAAUUCAGGGUUUCUGUUUGAUAUGUUUAUCUGCACUGAAAUCAGUCAUUACCCUCUUGAUGAUUUCUCCAUUAUUCUCCAGUAAUUUUGACCAGUUACUUGUCCUGGGCCCGUUUUCCCAAAAGCAUUGUUCAUCGUUAGACCCUUCUUCAUAGGAACAUUAUUACAUCUCCAAGCUGUUUCCCAAAACCAUCGUUAUUAACGUAGCACAGGAACCAAUCGUAAUCUCAUGCCUGUCGCAGACAACUUGUAGAACAGCUAAGUGCGUCCUUAGAUGCUUUUUCCCUCCUGCGUCCCAUUAUACACAGAGGAUAUCCACUAACAUUAGAAUCACAUGGUUUAUCAGUGUCUGUGGCCGCCAAUGACUUCAGAACAAAGCUGACUACAAAUCCAAAGUUGCCAAUGUCUUUGCAAUUGAUACAAACAUACGACGUAUAAAAAUAUGCUUCAAAUGAAAACUGAGAUGA